AGAUUACAAACCAAAUCGAGGUCAAUCGCAUACCAAUACCUUGUUGUCAAGACAACGAGGUCUUAAUCAAGACGAAAUGUGCAUCACUAUGCCAUUCUGACCUGAUGCUUUUCUGGGGCCAUACUGCGGAAAAGCCUCCGACAGAUACUAUCACCAUUGGCCACGAGAACACUGGCCAUGUUGUUGCUGUCGGAAAGAAUGUUAAAAAUAUGAAGAUAGGUGACCCAGUAGGCUGCCUUGGUUGCAGCUAUGCUUGCUACGAGUGCGAGGGCUGUCAAGUGCACAAUCUGUUUUGCGAGAAGGGUACCGGACGGCUGCACGGCUUCACCUGCCCUGGCCAUUUUGCAGAGUACUCUGUAGCGGAUAGCCGGAAUGUCAUGGUUCUGCCCAAGGGAAUGGACAUGAUAGCAGCUGCACCACUGUUCUGCGCGGGCAUAACAGCAUACCAUGCCGUGCGCGGUUGCGAUCUCGACCCCGGUCAGUGGAUCGCCAUAAUCGGUUGUGGAGGGCUUGGUCAUCUUGCGAUUCAGUACGCAAAGGCGAUGGGAUUGAAAACCAUUGGAAUUGACAUUUCGAACGCGCAAUUGGAAGCGAUCAAAGAACUUGGAGCUGACGUGGUUGUCAACAGCAUGGAGGAACCGGAUUUUGAGGCUAAAAUCAAGACUAUUACCAGUGGUGGCUGCCAUGCCGCUGCCGUCUUCAGUGCUUCUAACUCAGCAUAUGAGAACGCGCCGAAAACUUUGAGGAUCAAUGGCCUACUCAUGGUUGUAGGGAUACCCCAACGACCAUUGUCGAUCAGCGCUUUAGAUAUUUUACUUGGAAAAUACCGCAUCGCCGGAAGGAGUAGUGGCAUUCCUCAAAACAUGGCAGAGGCAAUUGAAUUUAGUCAUGAGAAUGGAAUAAAGUCGCAUAUAACGACAUUUAAUGACAUACACGACAUUCACAAGGUGGUGGAACUGAUGAAUUCAGGGAAGGCGGCUGGAAGAUUUGGAAUUGUGUUUGAGUAG